GGGAAGAAUAGUCUGCUGGUGAACGAGAUAAGCGGGAGCCUGACAGAGCUGCCAAUAUAAUUUGACAGACCAUUGAGAUCCAUGCAAAACACUCGCCAGAUACAUGUUAUUCAGCCACUGAGGACAGAAAUGUAACGCCGUGACGUAACAGACACUCAGAGGUUAUUUCGUUUUCAAUUUAUUGAGCUGGGCUGUAUCAAAUAUGAGGCUAAUUCUAUCACGGGGAACAUCAGACUUUAUUUAUUUGUUUAUUUAUUUAUUUUAGCCCACAUGAAACUUAUAAUCUUUCACAAAAUCGCCUCUAUGAUCUACUUCUUUAUUACGACGUGGAAACUCGAUUUCAGAACCUUGGACAAUUCUGAUGUUCACAACCAUAACAGCCUUGAACUCAAAGCACUGGACAACCCGUCUUUACCUUUCAAUUAACAAAGCACUAUUGACCAUGGGAACCGUAAUGUCUAUCUCGCUCCGCAAGAAGGCAGUCCUCUUCAAAGAUGGGCCGGACACUGUGGGCCACUUGAUGGAAGUCCAGACCGGUAAGAGCGCAAAAGACAAGACUCUGAAGCGCUACUCACCAUGGAGGUGGAUUGUGAAGAAGAAGAGCUCCAAGAAGGUGCAGGCCCAUGAGAACACCAACCAAAACAACAUUGCCCAUCUGAGUAAUGAGAACCUGGAGAAGUCUCAGUCCUUCUCCAACCUGUCCACCCUCACCCUUGAGAAGUCUCAGUCCUGUGACAAGCUGGCCACCCUCACCCUUGAGAAGUCUCAGUCCUGUGACAAGCUGGCCACCCAGGACCAAGGCACUCCAGCCAUCUCCAACAACGCGGCCUCGUCGGUCGAGAAGGUCCCCUUAUCCAACUCAAACACGGCCCCGACACGCCCCAGAUGGCUGGUGAUGGUCCACGCUACAACCGGCGAGCUGCUGCGCUGUCUGGGUGAGUUCCUGUGCCGGCGCUGCUACCGGCUCCAGGACAUGUCUUCCAUGGACCCGGUGCUGUGGCUGCGGGUGGUGGACCGUUAUCUGCUGGACAACUGCUAUCAGAGCCAGAGCUGCAUCAAUCCGGCCGCUGUGGUCUUCCUCUACAUGCUGUGCCGCGAGGCGGUUUCCUCCGAGGUGGCCACCUUGCACGAGCUGCAUGCCGUGCUGCUCACCUGCCUCUAUACGACCUGCUCCUACAUGGGCAACGAGAUCGCCUACCCCCUGAAACCCUUCCUGGUGGACACCUGCAGGCAGACCUUCUGGAUCCGCUGCAUGACCAUCACCAAGCUGAUGAGUGUCAAGAUGCUCCAGAUGAACACAGACCCUAACUUCUUCUCCCAGGUGUUUUCUGACCUGAAGAACGAGAGCCAGAAGGAGGAGAAGAAGAGCCGCCUGCUCAGCGGUGUGUACAGCACUCAGUGAGGGACCGAGGGUGUAGGGGCCAGGGGAGGGCGGGUGCCAAUUACAGUCUGACAAUUCAAAAUGGGAGGGAGGAGGAUUGGUUGAGGGAGCGGGAAGAGGGUGAGCUUUGAUGGGAAAAGAUGAUUUAUAGAUUUUAAGGGUUAAUGUGAGGGUAAAUUUGACUUGAAAGAGAACACAAAUCGGUAGCUAUGAAUGUGUGGAGGACUGAGGCUUCAGCUUACGAUCUACUAUACCAGCCUACUGUCUGAUGUGUGCACUUCCUACUACGGGAGGAUUGGAGGGACCUUUGAGUGACUGGACUAGUGCUCACAUCACACUGAGGCUGCAGCCCACCAGCCCAUCUGACUGUGGGAGAUGUGUACUUCCUACCACUGGAGGGAAGGAGGCACCCUUGAGUGACUGGACUAGUGCUCACAUCACACUGAGGCAGCAGCCCACCAGCCUAUUGUUCUGACUGUGGGAGAUGUGUACUUCCUGCCACUGGAGGGACGGAGGCACCCUUGAGUGACUGGACUAGUGCUCACAUCACACUGAGGCUGCAGCCCACCAGCCCAUCUGACUGUGGGAGAUGUGUACUUCCUACCACUGGGAAGGAGGCACCCUUGAGUGACUGGACUAGUGCUCACAUCACACUGAGGCUGCAGCCCACCAGCCCAUCUGACUGUGGGAGAUGUGUACUUCCUACCACUGGAGGGAAGGAGGCACCCUUGAGUGACUGGACUAGUGCUCACAUCACACUGAGGCUGCAGCCCACCAGCCCAUCUGACUGUGGGAGAUGUGUACUUCCUACCACUGGAGGAAGGAGGCACCCUUGAGUGACUGGACUAGUGCUCACAUCACACUGAGGCUGCAGCCCACCAGCCCAUCUGACUGUGGGAGAUGUGUACUUCCUACCACUGGAGGGAAGGAGGCACCCUUGAGUGACUGGACUAGUGCUCACAUCACACUGAGGCUGCAGCCCACCAGCCCAUCUGACUGUGGGAGAUGUGUACUUCCUACCACUGGAGGGAAGGAGGCACCCUUGAGUGACUGGACUAGUGCUCACA